CGUGUUUUUCCUGCGCUUGUUUGCCUAAUUUAUUCCUGCAGGGGCCAGCAGAAAGAGAGGCGGAAAAGAAAGAAAAAAAAGGACGGGCAGAAUAGUAAAGAGUGCAACAGGACACCCGGACUUGCUGACAGGGAAUGCAGAGAGGUUCUGGCCUCUGGUUGUUACUGCUGGAUGGACAAGCACUGACAAAACAAGAGAAGGAGGAGAGAGGCAACACUUUGUAGAGCCUUGAGAGAGGAGGCGGAACUGCAUCUACGGAGAUUUCUCAACUCUGCUUUUGUUUUGGCCCGUUGUUUUUCUGUGACAUUUGAGCCUCUGACACCACACACUCUGAAGAGUUGGAGGAGCCACAAGAAAACAUCAUUUCACCACAGACACAGAAGGGGAGGACUUAUUUGAUGAACUUCGUUGCUACAGAGACCACAGAGACUUUAUUCUAGGACUGAAAGGAGUGUUUUAUCUUUCUCAGCACCUCUUAUUUUAAUCACAAGUGUGGAAUCAGCUUCAACCGGAUCUUUUUUGGCUGUCCAUACGGCACAGAGGUGCUCCUGGGCCAAAAACCUUAUUACAUAUAAAAGCUGAAGUGGCACUGUGCUCACACCUCUCAGAAUACCAAGAAACAAAAUCCAAUUUCCCAAACCCCUCAUCAGCGUUGGUUUUGGGAGGGGAGGAAAUACGAGCAUUACCAGAGCAAAAUUAUUUUUCCUCCUCAUCACCAUCACCUCUGCUUCUGUAACAGCCCCGACAAGUCAAGAGUGAGUCUGGACUAGACCUGGCUCAGAUCGGCAGAUAACACCACUGCACGGCAGGAACUGGUUGGACUAGUUUAUAAGUUGGAGCAGAGGGCAGGGCAGUUUAACCCUGCUUGUAGGAGAGCUGUGUUUUAUUUUCCUCCCACUUGCCUGUCCUUUCAGGAGAAAGUCUGAGACAGGACUAGAGCUUGUUUUUCGACUCCGGUUUGUCCCUGGUCACCAUGCUUAGGGAUAGGUGAGGUGCUGUUUCUUUUUAACUUCUUCCAGGGGGGGAGAGAGAAAGUGAGAGGGAGGGAGAAGGAGAGAAGGAGUCAAAGUGUAAUUUAUUGUUUCCUGUGAAAAGAGCAAGGCUGCACCCUUUUCUCCUGCCUGAACUCUGAACCACUCAAUGCGCGUCUGAAGUUUUCUCAGACCUCAGGAGUCAUUGAUCGGAGGUCAGGGCAGUGAGCACAGGGGUGAAAGACAAGAACAGAGAGAGCAGAGAGAUUAAAGAAGAGAGAGAAAACAGCAGUGGGAAGGACCUCGAGGUCAUUACAACCAGACGGCAAAGGGGAGAGAGGUCAACACAAGAGAGUCCUUUUAUCGACUUUUUAUCCCACUUUAAGAUCGUCUUGGAAAAAACCUGAUUUAAUACAAAUCUGGAGCCGCUGUUUCCUUGUUCUGGAAUCAGUUUUUAGACUUUGAGGGUAGCUGGAAGCUGGGGGACAGGGCGGGUCUGUGUAUGAUCCACUCUCAGCGCUGCGUGUCUCAGAGAAUAUGGCCAUGGUGAGCGGGGGAUGGGGCAACCCCAACGGGGACACUAAUGGACUGGGGGAGAAGGCUUACCUGAGGAGGGAGGAAGAGGAGGGCUCGCCUCAGGCCGGGAGCAGCGAUGUGGACAUCGGGGACGAGGACAAGGCGUGCGUGGUGGACUGCGUGGUGUGUGGGGACAAAUCCAGCGGGAAGCACUACGGCGUGUUCACCUGUGAGGGCUGCAAGAGCUUCUUUAAGAGGAGCAUCAGACGAAACCUCAACUACUCCUGCAGAUCAAAUCGAGAAUGCCAAAUCGACCAGCAUCACCGCAACCAGUGCCAAUACUGUCGUCUGAAGAAGUGUUUCCGCGUCGGAAUGCGCAAAGAAGCAGUCCAGCGGGGCCGAAUCCCUCCAUCUCACCCGGGUAUCAGUCCAAACUCCCUGGCAGGUGGGGUUGGAGGUGCAGUUCCGGGUCACAUUGGGGCAGACUACUUCAAUGGGCAGCCGGUGUCAGAGCUCAUCUCCCAGCUCCUGCGGGCUGAGCCGUACCCCAACAGCCGCUACGGGACCCCGUAUGGUCAGGCACAGAUGCAGGCGUCUGCGAGCGGCGCCUCCGUCAUGGGCAUUGACAGCAUCUGUGAGCUGGCCGCCAGGCUCCUCUUCAGCACCAUCGAGUGGGCCAGAAACAUCCCAUACUUCCCGGAACUGCCAGUUUCAGAGCAGGUGGCGCUGCUGAGGCUGAGCUGGAGCGAGCUGUUCAUCUUGAAUGCGGCCCAGUCUGCUUUGCCUAUACAUAUGGCUCCGCUGCUGGCAGCUGCUGGGUUUCAUUCAUCGCCCAUGUCUGCUGAGCGCGUGGUGUCCUUCAUGGACCAGGUCAGGGUUUUCCAGGACCAGGUGGACAAGCUGAACAGACUGCAGGUGGACACGGCCGAGUACAGCUGCCUCAAAGCCAUUGCACUCUUUUCACCUGAUGCAUGUGGUCUAACUGACCCGGCCCACGUGGAGUCCCUGCAGGAGAAGGCUCAGGUCGCCCUAACAGAGUAUGAGAGGUUGCAGUAUCCCAACCAGCCUCAGCGCUUUGGCCGCUUACUGCUGCGCCUCCCAGCUCUGCGCGCCGUGCCAGCCAACCUCAUCUCCCAGCUCUUCUUCAUGAGGCUGGUGGGCAAGACACCCAUCGAGACGCUGAUCCGAGACAUGCAGCUAUCAGGGAGCUCCAUCAGCUGGCCCUACGCCGCGGGACAGUGAACCCCGCAGACUCCAGAGUGAGAUGGACCGAGAUCAGAUUGAGAGGAAUCAGAGCUCACGGAGAUCACAUACAAAUACAACUGUUAUAAAUACAAACUGGGAUCUCAGAAGUUUAAGGUCCUGUUUGUGACCGUAGAGGUCAGCUUUUCUCACAUUAGCUCUGUAAAGCUUGGUGGAAGUCACACCAAAGCUGCUUUCAGGGAAACAACAAUGUGUAAUUGUCUUUAUAUAGUAUGUUUGCAGCACUUGUCAGUUUUGCUCUGACCUCUGUCUGAUCUCUCUCCGUCUCAUUCUGGACAAAAAACAUGGCUUUAAUUAAAUCGCAGACUCUGACAUGAGGCCAUGUGCCUGUACUACCUCCUCCCAGAUCACCCCUAAUGUGACUCAGUUUGAAGCCAGGCUCUGUGUUUUCCCUCCGCUUUGUUUUUUUUUGUCAAAAUGAAGCCAUAGCAGUGCCACUUUUGCAGGCAGAGUGUCGUCACAAGUGCAGAUCAUACCUACGUCAUGUCAUGUUUGAUAUGUGCAACAAAAUAUCAGACCUCGUUACCAAAUGUAUUAAUGAAGACUGCAAAGUAUCACCCUGUAUAGCAUUAAAACAAAGAAGAGGCACAGGCAUUGUGUUGUAUAUUGUACUAUGUGAAGAACUGUAUAGAUGAGGAGAUCAAUUCCACUUACAUGUCUGCACAGUAAAUAUGAAGCUAAAGCCUGUUAGCUUAUCUUAGCAUAAAGACUGGAAAUGGGGGGAACAGUUAGCCUGUCUCUGUCGGUAACAAAAUCUGCCCAGCAACACCUCUUAAGCUCACUCAUUAACGUGUUAUAUAUGUGCCAGGUUACUCCCUGGCUGGUGCUGGUAGGAGGAUUCUGUUACCUUUUCUGUUACCCAGAGCCUGGCUAUGUCCAUGCUAAGCUAAGCUAACCUAACCAGCUGCUGGUUCCACCUUUGUAUUUACUGUGAUCUGCACGCAAGUAAGUGAACUCUGUAUUUCUCAAAUUGUUGACCGAUUCCUCUAAUAUAGUAUAUUAUACAAUAAUGUUUGUGCAGUGGUAAUUGACAGCAAGUGGAGGUGAAUGUACCCAAACACACCCUGGCUCCUCAGACAGUCACAUCCCUGUUCAACAUUAUUACCUCAUGUUUUAUACAUCCAAGACAAAGAUUGUGUAUUCAUGUGCUAAAGAUAAAAAUAAAGGGAUCAAGGUAUCUUUGUCACAGAAACAAUAAAUAGUAAUAUUCCCCUUCUGACCCGUCUGUCCACCGGACUUUGGCCAAAAUGCAUUUGAGAAUGUUUUGAAAUGUAACGCUUGCUGUAAGAGGACACCCAAGUUUGAGCCUUUCAAACUGAAGACUGUUUCCUCUGCUUUUAUAAAGGUAGAGGUAGUUCAUUUUGUUAUUUUUUGUUUGUUUUUACAUUUGUGGUCCCCUUUUAAAAGCAGUGUGUUAAAGCAUCGCCCAAUGGACAGAGGUCACUUUCAGAUAAUUAUUAUGCUUAUGCAAGGUACUCCAAGUGUUGUAACUGUUGUAAAGGUUAUGGUGUCUGUUGGUUCUGAGAUAAAAGGGUACGAAGUGGUCACAUUCAUGAGUGUUAUUGCCAUUAACUGUGGCUCAAUGUGACAAAGUUUUUCUUGCCAAAUUAACUGACUGAAAGAAAAGACUAUGCGGGAGUUUUUGUAUCACCUGUUAUUAUAUCAUAAAAAAGGCAGUCAUGGCCUCGGUCCCUGAUGCUGUUCAACAACUUCAUCAACAGCUCAUCAUGCUGUCCUUGAAUCACUUUGUGUUAUUUGUUGGAAUAUAAACUAUAGUGAACUGACUGUAGCUUCAUGUUUGUAAAGAAGCAUGUUUCUAUGAUCAUGCCAAACUUAAAAAUGCAAGAGAAGUUUAAAUGGCUAACUGGUUAUUUUUGCAUUACUAGAAAUAAAGGUAUGCACAUUC